UAAAAAACUUGCAUGUUGAUGUUGUCCUCAGUUCUCAUUUUCUCUGGCGUUUCAUCAUUUCUAGCUCGUUUGUCUGAAUCAUUCAGACAAAUUUCACUUCACAGUUGAUUUCAAACAAAAAUAUGCACACGUUGAAAACAGGACUCUCUUUUUGAUUUUGGUAUAUAAAAUUGAGAGCAACAGAGCCAUGGACAACACCGUCGAAAGUGAUGCUCUGGAAGUUCCAAAAAAAAAAUUGGUGUCUGAUUGCGCUGUUAUGGGAUGCGAUUACAACCGCAGCAAGGAACACCACAUACCUGGAAUCCAGAGACAUUAUUUUCCACGAAACGAGCUGCUCUGCUUGAGAUGGAUGUCAUUUUGUCAGAAUCCAAUCGUCAACAGUAAAACCCCAGAGGAUUUGUCGACAAAGCAAUCUCACUUCAUCUGUAGUCAACAUUUCGACGCUCUUGAUUAUUACAUCAAACAAUCAGAUGAUAUGGCAGAGCCAGCACUACGACUUCAUAGAUAUAGGGCCAUCCCUAGAUUCAAUAAGCCCAAAGCCCUUCUUACCGUUGAGCCAAAACCCCAGAGCACUGAGCCAGAAGCCCAGAGCGUUGAUGGAGAGCUUAUAAAUACAAUAACAACAGACAAUGGUCCCUCCCAGGACAUGACGGAGCAACUUGCACCUACAGAGCUGAUUGAGAGAGUGAAAAGUUGCAACGAAUGCGCCGUGAAUGGAUGUGAUUUCAACAGGAAAAAACCCUACCAUAAAAAUGGAAUCACUUGCCAUUUUUUUCCAAAGAACAAAUUGAUCUGCAUGAAAUGGAUGUCCUUCUGCCGGAACACUGCUUUGCUAAGUAAAACACCAGAGGAAUUGUCCAUGCAUCGCACCUACUUCAUUUGCAGUCAACACUUUUCCAAUUCUGACUCUCGUAAAGCUAACAAGCCGUCGACUGCUGGUCAAAGCCCAGUUGACAUGCUGAAUGAUGCAGCUGAUGACAUUAUCAGCCCGAUUAUGUCUCGCUUUGUUCCCAUAUUAAGCAAGCCUGAGGCCCCGUUCAGAGGUGAACACCAACAGAAAGCUAUCAUCUCUGACCCUGUAGAAAAACCCACCAAUCCGGAACCGAAGCAAAAAACUGGGACUGUUGAUGACAUCCAGGUGCAACAUGUGAGCAAAAAGAACGUCAGGGAGUACAAGAAGCUGCCGGAAGACAUCAAAAAGCUCAGGCUCAAGGUGCACAACCUUCAGCGCAUAAACAACAGGCUCAGGGCGGCUGCCGAAAACAUAAGAUUUACAAGAAAGUACUACAAAGAAAUGUCUCUUCAGUACAUAAAAUCUGUCCUCAAUCCUGUGCAAUAUGAAUUAGUCCUGUGCAUUGUUACUAAUGCUUCACGGAGUGGUCGGGGUUGCAGAUAUACUCAGAAGAUGAAAAAUAUCUGCUUAGGGUUGUACCAGUGUAGCCCUAAAGCAUACGAAAACCUUCGAGAUGUGUUUGGCUGUUUGCCUUCGUAUGAUACUUUGAAUGAAAUUCCUACGUCUGAAACUUUGGAUGAAGAUAAAGAAACGCCUUCCUCUGACACUUUGGAUGAAGAUAAAGAAAUAACACCAGACAUGCCUAAGGAGAAGGUCAGCUCAAAGUUUGCCAAGCUGGCAGCAACCUUAAAGAAAAGAGCUAGGAGCAAGGCUAAGGAUGGUGGAGAAGAUGCCUCUGCUCUCUUUGGUGCCCCCAAGAGAAAGCUGACCCAUGCGGAGAGUGAGGUAGAUGAGGACAACGAGGAUGCACCACUGGAUGACUUGCUGCCUUCAAAACGUGCCUGCACCCAACCUACUCCAAAAACCGACGGAAAGCGCCCUGUCAUUAAAAAGAAGAACCCCCAGAUGCGCCCUCGAUCUAAAAUAGACCCAAGCCUUGCCUCUUGCAGCCCCAAAAAAAGUCCUCAGGCCGUUGCAAGCAGCUGUCCAAAAAAACAAACCAUCUCCACCCCCAGCAGCCAAUCACUUCUGAUUAUGAGCCAACCUCCAGCCUCACCAAGCUCACUGCUUCUAGAUACUCCCAACACGCAAGGAAAGCGCCUAGUCAUUUUGAAAAGAAGCCCUCAGAUCCGCCCUCAAUCAAAAACUGUCAGUGUCAGCUGCUCCCCAAGUCUUUCCUCUGCCAGCCCUACGACUAGUCCUCAGGCCGUUAGAAGCAGCUCCGCGUCACUGAGCCGUCCUCAAUCAAAAUCCAUCUCCACUCCAAGCAGUCGAUCACCUCUGAUUGUGGGCCAACCUUUAAGUCAGCCCUUACCAAGCUCGCAGCAACAACUGGUCUUUAUAAAGAAAAGCCCCCAGAUCCUCCCUACAUCAAAAACUGUCAGUGUCAGCUGCGCCCCUAGCCUUUCCUCAACCAGCCCAACAACUAGUCUUCGGGCCGCACCCAGCAUCUCCUCACCUCCAAGUCGACCCUCAGCCAUAACAAUCCAGGAGCCACCUCCACUAGUGACUAUUCGUCCCCAAACCACAUUUGUCAGACCCAGUCCUCUCUUGGUUCAAACCGUAGGCGGUCAGCAGCCACGGGUCAUCCGUGUCCUAAGCCGGCCCGUGCCCGGACAACCCCAACAAAUUCUUCAAAUGCUGCAAGUCAAGGCAAUCCAGCCAUCUUUUGUGGUGAAGAAGUGAAAGAAAAGACAAAAAAAAACAUUAAUAAUAUGAAUUUAUUAUUAAUAUUAUGACUAUUGAAAUCACUUUCAAAAUGUUGCUUUAAUUAAAUUUCAAAUGAAAAUCCUGUGAAAUUUUUAAUAAAAGAUAUUUUUGAAGGCAA